AUGAUGCGAGUUCUCGAGGCCAAUGCGCCUCCCAAGCAGACGGCCACCGACACCAUCAGCACUCUUAGUGGGAGAUUGACGAGCGCAACCCUCCUAGAAGACCGUCGCGCCGCCAUCCUCGGCCUUCGGAGCUUCGCCAAACAAUACCCGGCCUCGGUCGCAUCAGAAGCGCUCAAAGGACUCAUAGCUUGUCUAACCAAAGAUGGAGAAGAUGUGGACACGCUCAAGGUGGUGCUGGAGACGCUGCUCAUGCUCUUCCACCCGGACGAGAAUAGUCCCGAGGCGUCGCCAGAGCUGGAGUUUUUGCUGGCAGACCAGUUCUCCCAGCGGCAAGACAACAUAACCCUCCUCCUCGACCUCCUAGACACGCCCGACUUCUACUCCCGCCUAUAUUCGCUGCAACUCAUACGCGCCAUUUCGCUAGCACGACCCCAGCGAACACAGGAAUGCGUCCUCACAGCCCCCGGCGGCAUUGAGCGCCUAGUAGCCACCUUGGACGACCCCCGCGAUGCUAUUCGCAACGAAGCCCUCGUCGUCCUGACUGACCUAUCUCGCACCUCUACCGAACUCCAAAAGUUGUUCGUAUUUGAGGAUGCCUUUACCAAAGUCUUCAACAUGAUACACGCCGACGGUGGCCUCACACAGGGCGGCGUCGUGGUUCAAGAUUGCCUGAGCCUGCUGGCUAUCCUUGUACGAAACAAUGUGUCCAACCAGACCAACAUAAGAGAGAUGGGCCAUGUCGCGAGAUUCGCUGCGCUGCUACCAGGAGCCAAGAAGCCCAAGAAGGCACGCCCAAGCGCAGAAGACGAGGAUGAAUGGGUUAGUCCACAAAGCGACAAGAACAUCUGGGGGUUGCUAGCCAUCAUGCGCAUGUUUCUCGUCAAGGGUAGCGCGGGCACGCUACAAAACCAGAAUGUCUUUCAACAACAUGGCCUCGUCCGACAGCUCCUGAACAUCACUUUCGACCCUGCAACGGCCAUGCCCAUCAAGAUCGAGGCUCUCAACACCCUCGCGGAUUUGAUCAGAGGCAACGCUCGGCUCCAAGAAGGAUUCGCUGGAGAGCAGGUCAGGCCCAUUGUCGAACCCGCUACCAAUGCCGUUACUUCUCCGAACGGCAUAGCCUCUGUGUACGUUAUCGAAGCCCUCCUCAACCUGGUCCUUUCCCCAGCACCGAAUGAGCUAUUCGACUUGCGCAAUGCAGGCUGUGAGUGUAUCAAGGCCUACUUCUACAACCACGUGCAAAUAAAAGAGCAUUUCCUCAACCGAGCCAUCGAUGGUCACCAGGGCGGCGAUGAAACAGCCAAUGCUCUGACGAUUCUGAUGGCCGGACCACAAGUUCCACCCACGGGCGACCCGUACAGAAUCUGGUUUGCUGCAAACCUCAUCUACCACCUCAUCUUCGAUGAUUAUCAAGCAAAGAACACCCUUAUGCAAGUCAAGGAGGGAGAUGCAGAGAGCGGCGAGGAGGUCGUUACGUGCAUACAAACGCUCACAGCGAACCUAAUUGCAAGCCUGCAACUCGGGGAGGAUGAGCGCAUAUCAGUAGCUUAUCUCAUGCUUUUGCUAGGAUGGCUGUUCGAGGAUGCUGCUGCAGUAGAUGAUUUCUUGGGCGAAGCCAGCAGCCUGCAGAGUCUGGUACAAGCCGUUCUGACCCCUGGAGAAGAUCGCGUCGUGAUUCGUGGUCUCUGUGCAGCACUACUGGGAGUCGUAUACGAGUUCUCAACAAGGGACUCACCUGUGCCACGGCGCGAACUUCAACCAUUACUCAUGUCGAAGCUCGGUCGCGACAAGUAUCUCGACGCCAUCACUGAACUACGACGCCAUCCACUCGUGCGCGACUUCGAGGUCUUGCCCCGAAAUGGCGGUGGAGGUGGUAGCUUGCCAGAUAUCUUCUUCGAUGAAGCCUUUGUAGACUUUCUCAAAGACAACUUCAGCCGGCUAUCUCGAGCCAUCGACCGCAACCCAAACAUUGAACAGCACCAGUCGCACGACGGCAUUGACCGAGAUGUAGUCGAUGCGCUCCGCGGGGAGCGCGACGAGAAAGAGCAAACGAUCCAAGAACUCAAAGCACUACUCAUGACUCUAGAGCAAAAGAUAGAUCAAGAGCAGGCUGAGCAUCGCAAGACCCAGCAAUCCGCCGAGGAGCAACGCAGCACAUUGAAACGCAUCAACGACAAACUGCACGACGAUAUCGACAAGGAAGCUGCGAAGAAGGAUCGCGAGCACAGACAGGCAAUGCUGGAAACGGAAAACAAGUAUAAUCUUCAAAUCGUUGCGUUGAACAACAAAGUGCAACAAGCGAAUAAAGACGCGAAUCUUGCUGUUGCAAAGGUGCGACAGGAGUACGAUGAGCAACUCCAUGACGCACAUCGGACGUGCGGGGAAUUGGAGAGGAGGUUGAACGCUUCAGAGAAAGCGAGACAGGACGCCAUCGACAACGUGAGGAACUUACAGGACACACUUAUACAGACACGGACUGAGGUGGCUACCAUCACAGAGACCCUGCGUAACGCACAGAGUCAUGUGCAGAACAGCGAAGCACAACUCCAGAUUCUCACUGAGGAGAAGGAGCAACUCGCCAAUGAGAAAGAAACACAGAUCAAGCAUCUGAAAGAAGAAUCGGAAGCGCGGCUCCAGCAGGCGAAGUCAGACCACGAAACCCAGCUCCAGCAAUCCAAAUCAGACAAGGAAAGCUUGCAGGCGGCUAUUGAGAAGCUGAAAGCGGAGAAUCAGGAACUUAAGACGAAAGCACAGGAUCAAACAUGGAAGGUCAAAGAAGCGGAGGAGAAGCUCCGCAAAGCAGAAGAAAAGGCCCGCAAAGCAGAAGCAACUACCGCCAAGCCAAGUACCAACCAGAAGGGCGUCAGUGAGAAAGAGGUCAAAGAACUGAAAGAUAAAUUGCGAAAGGCCGAGGAAAGUGAAAAGGAGAAGGCCACCGAACUUGAAGACUUGAUCAUGGUCCUCAGCGAUCUUGAAGAGAAGAGGACCAAGGACAAGGAACGGCUCAAGGCUCUUGGGGAGGAAGUUUCGGAUGAUGAGGAGGAGGAUGAAGAGGAUGAAGAUGAUGAGGAAUCUAGUGAUGAGGAGGACGAGGAGGAUGAAGACGAUGACGGACAAGAGGAGAAGAAGAAGUAG